AUGGACGGCGCACUGAAAUAUGAACUCGGUGAUAUAUGCGUUAGUGUUCCUCGAUUCUACGCGACAUUUUUCGAAGGCGUGGCAGACCUUGAGACCGCAUCCAAGGCUAUUUUCAAGAAGUGUACGGAAGGAACUAGUCCACUUUUCUUUGACGAGUGGACUGGAUGGCCUCAAGAUGCAAAUGAGACGGACGUUCUAAGCUGGUUCUCAAAAUUUACUAAGAAGCUGGCGGCGUUUGCAGACGAAUAUAAACCAAACCCGACAUCGCAACGAAGACUAUUAGUACAGCCCAACAAGCCGAUUCCGAUUCCGGGUUCUACAGCGGAGCGUAAGCUGGAUGUUAGCUUUGUAAAUAACCCCGAAGAUAGAGAAUACUCUACAUGCUACUGGUCGCAGAUCCUCAUACCUGGAGAGCUUAAGAAAAACCCGAUGGCCGACAUAGCUUCAAAGGCAUGGCUCGAUAUUGGAACAUAUGCAAGAGAAGUGUUCGCCGCUCAAGAUGCUCGUAGAUUCGUUCUGAGCUUCACGCUUUGUGGAUCUCUCAUGCGGAUAUGGGAAUUCGAUCGGCUUGGGGGGAUUGCUUCGGAACGAUUUGACAUAAACACCGAUGGGCUACAGUUUGUGUCCACGAUCCUUGGCUUUCUCUGGAUGAACGAGGCGCAACUUGGGUUUGAUCCUACCAUCAAGAUGAUUAACAAUCAGCGCUUUAUCGUAAUUGAACGGGACGGCCGGAGAGAACGUAUUUUCAUUGAUAAGGUGAUAACACGGGUACGGUGCGUAGCAGGUCGGGCAACGACAAGUUGGAAAGCCCAUCCCGAAGGAGAUCCACAGACGCCACUUGUUAUCAAGGAUUCAUGGCAAAAUACAGAACGAGAUGAGGAAGGCGAGUUACUCUAUGACGCAACGGGUAACGGCGUGAUUAACGUCGCCCGGCACUACCAUCAUGAGACUGUUCAGGUGUGCGACGCCGAUGAUGACAUUCGGAGUAAUGUUAGGAAGGGGAUAGACAUUACGAGCCCGAAAAACUACGAGCCGAUACGGUCGAUCCCGUUAUCGGAAGAGGGCAAACGUGACGCAUCGGAGAGUAGUCGCAAUCGUAACAGCCGGAAGCGGCUAUUGAGCCAGACUGGUACCUCUCUCCCGGCCAAUAAGCGAUCCUUCUCGCAAUCUUUGAGCAAGUUCGGCAGCCAUGCAACCUCAAAGAGGGUACCAAAUCGGGUACAUCGGCGCGUCGUUCUUCGUGACUAUGGCAAGCCUAUCUACAAGGCAAGCUCCCGAGCAGCUUUGCUUACGGCGCUCGAGGGUUGUAUUGAAGGUCACAAGUCUCUUUAUAAGGCUAGUUUCAUUCACAGAGACAUUUCAGUCAACAAUCUCAUGAUUAAUGAAGAUAAGGUAAACCCUUCCUGGCCUUCGUUCUUAAUUGACUUAGACCUUGCUAUCAAAGUGCAGCGAGUUGGCGCCUCGGGGGCAAAGGGAAUAACUGGCACGAGGGUGUUUAUGGCCAUUGGAAUCCUUAUGGGGGAGCGGCACUCUUUCAUGCAUGAUCUGGAGUCGUUCUUCUGGGUCCUAUUCUGGAUAUGCAUCCACUAUGAUGGCUCCGGCAAGGACGUCGGUCCAUCUGAAUUUGAGAGUUGGAAUUGCGAGAAAGAUAGGAAGCUGGCAUCGUUGAAGAAGGGGGAAAUAGGUCAUGAAGGAGACUUCAUCGAGAACGCACGCAAUAACUUCACGACAUACUACCAGCCACUCGUACAUUGGGUGAACAGAUUACGGAAAGUAGUAUUUCCUAAUGGCAGAAGAUGGGAGAAAGCAGAUGCUAUAUUGUAUUCUCGGAUGCAGGAUGUCCUUCGCGAAGCUCGGAUGGACCCAAAUGUGGUAGGCGCGUAA